AUGUUCAGAGAAGCAAUAACCGUAAAUGGACCGGAACAGUUAGGAAAUAUUCUCUUGUCGGGGUGGCUGGUGGUUUCGGGAUCCCAUAGAAAUGCUUCUUUUAUGCCUUGGGUAUUAGCCACAGCUCGUAUUCAUUCCGUAAUUCUACCCCUUCUUCAUUCUUGGAUCUCGUUUCUGAAUAUUGUGACUCUUCCAUGCUGUGUCUCAGGAACCUUUUCAAUAACGUCCGGAUUGCUAGCUUCCGUUCAUAGUUUUGCUACAGAUGAUACACGAGGAAUCUUUUUAUGGCGGUUCUUCCUUCUAAUGACCGGCAUAUCUAUAAUUCUUUUCUCCCAGAUGAAGCAGCAGGCAUCGGUCCGUAGAACUUAUAAAAAAGAGAUGGUUGUGGCGCGAAGUACUCUUGUGCACCUCCGUCACUCGGCUCGCGCGCAACCCCGCCCCGUUAUGUUAUGGAAGAAUUGAACUUAUUACCGGGCUGGUUAUUCAGAGCCAGCAAUUGGCUGCCGGAUUUCGUCCCGCAACUAUAAGAAGAUCGCUUCGGGGGUCACUGUGGCGUGGCUGAAUGUAGAGCAGUCCGCCCCUACUGCGUUUGAUCAGUAAAUUCUGGAUAAGUUCGGAAGAUGGUCAAGGUAGCUUGCUUCCAAGCCACUGCACUAGAUGCGCAUGUAGUCGUAGUAGUAGGCUCAGAAUGCCUCUCUUCUAUACUUAAAUACUACUUAGGAUGAAUGGCUCGUUCUCUUACUUGACCAUGGCAUCGCCAACAUGAGUCUGUGUUCGGUGGUUGAUAAGCUGCUAGUUGGUAUUUAGUUUAGGGCUUGUUAUUUCCUUUCACUUUUCCCAACGAGG